GUCGAGGCUUCUGAUACCAUUGAAAAUGUCAAGGCCAAGAUCCAGGACAAAGAGGGAAUUCCUCCAGACCAGCAACGUCUUAUCUUCGCUGGUAAGCAGCUUGAGGAUGGCAGAACUCUUUCAGAUUACAACAUUCAAAAGGAAUCGACUCUUCACUUGGUUCUACGUCUUCGUGGUGGAAUGCAAAUAUUCGUAAAGACUCUGACUGGCAAAACCAUCACCCUGGAGGUCGAGGCUUCUGACACCAUUGAAAAUGUCAAGGCCAAGAUCCAGGACAAAGAGGGAAUUCCUCCAGACCAGCAACGUCUUAUCUUCGCUGGUAAACAAUUGGAGGAUGGAAGAACUCUUUCAGAUUACAAUAUUCAAAAGGAAUCUACUCUUCACUUGGUCCUACGUCUUCGUGGUGGAAUGCAAAUAUUCGUAAAGACUCUGACUGGCAAAACCAUUACACUGGAGGUUGAGGCAUCUGACACCAUCGAAAAUGUUAAAGCUAAGAUUCAAGAUAAAGAAGGUAUCCCACCAGAUCAACAGCGUUUGAUCUUUGCCGGUAAACAAUUGGAGGAUGGAAGAACUCUUUCCGAUUACAAUAUUCAAAAAGAAUCCACCCUCCACCUCGUUCUCCGUCUUCGAGGAGGCAUGCAGAUAUUCGUAAAGACACUUACAGGAAAGACGAUCACCCUCGAAGUUGAAGCCUCUGACACAAUUGAAAAUGUCAAAGCCAAGAUACAGGACAAAGAAGGCAUUCCACCAGACCAGCAGCGUUUGAUCUUCGCUGGUAAACAAUUGGAGGAUGGAAGAACUCUUUCGGACUACAAUAUCCAGAAAGAGUCCACUCUCCAUUUGGUUCUUCGUCUCAGGGGUGGAAUGCAGAUUUUUGUCAAGACUCUGACUGGAAAGACCAUCACACUUGAAGUAGAGGCCUCUGAUACUAUUGAAAAUGUCAAGGCCAAGAUCCAGGAUAAGGAGGGCAUCCCUCCUGAUCAGCAACGUUUGAUCUUCGCUGGUAAACAACUGGAGGAUGGCAGAACUCUCUCAGACUACAACAUUCAAAAAGAAUCGACCCUUCACUUGGUUCUUCGUCUCAGAGGUGGAUUCUAAAAUUUCAAUCAUUGAAUGGGUGAAAAUAUGCGAAGAAAUUGAUAGUACUGAUAGAAUUAAUGCUUAGUCAUUUUCAUUCCAACUUUUCGUUUUGUCGUAUGAUCUUUUUUAUUUGAUUUCCUCCCAACGCAGUAUCUUAUUCAGACACAUCUUGUAUUCGGCAAGUACGAUUUAAUAAACGUUCCGUGCACUUGAA